GUACCACCAAAGUAAAUCUUGUAAAGAUCCCUUCGACUGCUUCCAGUCCUCGAGACACUGCUCUAGCAGCUGUUAUAUGCAGUGCACUUGCGACAGUGCUCCUAGCUCUUCUUAUCCUUUGUGUUAUCUACUGUAAGAGGCAGUUUAUGGAGAAGAAACCAAGCUGGUCUCUGAGAUCACAGGACAUGCACUGCAAUGGCUCUGAGUUGUCCUGUUUUGACCGACCUCGGCUGAAUGAGUAUGACCACAGAACGUGUUGCCAGUGCCAGAGAGGCACAUCCCAGACGUGCGGACCAGUUCACUUGAUUCCAUCACUGUGCUGUGAUGAAACCUGUAGCAUGGAGCACAGCAGUCACAGUUGUCCUUUCCACUCACAAACUACGCUUAAUGAAAGGGCUCCCGAUUCUGUUGGAGAAAUGAUUCCUACCUUCCUCGGUUCUCUUUCACACUCUGCCUGUGGAGACAUUUCAGAUGCUUGGCCUCUUAUGCCAAACUCGGCUUGUUGUGACAGCAUUUCUCUCUGUGAAUCAUGCUCAGGACUGGCUGGAGGAUCUGCAAAGUCCUGCAGCCCCGAGACUGAAAAUGCAGCCACUGUUGAGUUGGAUAAUAACCAGGAACAGAGUGAAGUACUGAUUUCGGCGAAGUCUCUUGAUGGCAGCGUUGCCAAGUCCUUUGAAAUCUCCAAACAUAGAACAUGCAUAGAAGUUUCAUCACUUCAGAACUCGUCGGCCGCUGACACCCAGCCAAAGAGAAAGCGUAAUGGAACAGCAAAUGACUCUACAGACUGA